AUGAACGCUCUGUCGCUCUCAAUCCGUUUCCUCGUGACAAUUCAGCAUAAGGAGCAGCAUGCAUGCUGCUUUCAGUCGAAGCGAUGUGGAAUUCCCGACCACUCAGCCCAGGAGCUCCCGGAACCAUGGGCAAAAAGUGAUACGAUUGCGACUGCGAUAAAUACAUCAAGCUUCCGUGUGCCUUUUCACAGAUUGUGGAAGAUCUUCUGUUUAAUUGGUUCGCACCUUCCUUGUGCCAUCCUAAUCGUGAACUUAAGUAUAGCACAUGAAAACAACAGUUGCCGGACAGAAAACAGCAUAGAGGGCUAUCUGAAAGCUUCGGGACAGGACAGUUUAGUAUAUUCCAUAGAAUAA